GCAGAAAUGGCGCAGAAUAAUGGUGCUUGGUGUAUUAGCCUCCUCAUCCUCAUGUUCCUCUGUCAAGCAGCCUUCCAUGCCGAGACGGCGGCGGCGGCCACUUACAAGAUCGAGUGGUCGUUCGGCGUCACCGAUUGGCCGAAGGGCAAGCACUUCAAGGCCGGCGACGUGAUAGUUUUCCAUUACCCGGAAGGUGAACACGAGGUGGCGGUGGUGGAUGCUAACGGGUACAAGACCUGCACGGUACCGGCGGGGGCAAAAGUGUACACCUCCGGCAACGACAGGGUCACCCUCCAGCGGGGAAAUAACUAUUUCAUCUGCGAUAUCCCUCAACACUGUGAUCAAACCGGAAUGAAGAUCGCGGUUACCGCGGCUUGAGUUUUUAUUGUGGUUUCAUUUUUGUAAAACCCUAGCUUGUAAAAUCUCUAGACCGUCAGUGUAGUUACUCAUCCAAACUCCAACUGAUUUGAUUGAGGAAAAUUAAAUCUG